AUGUCCUCGUCGGCAAUUUUCAUACUCGACGCAAAGGGAAAGGUGCUGAUAUCGCGCAACUAUCGAGGCCACAUCGAUAUGGGUGUGAUCGAUAAGUUCAUGCCGUUGUUGAUGGAAAAAGAAGAAGAAGGGCUAAUAACACCGAUCCUCCAGACGCCAGAAUGCACGUUUGCGUACGUGAAAACGAACAAUCUGUAUCUUGUGUCGGUCACCCGGAGCAACGCCAACAUCGCGCUGGUGUUUGUUUUCCUCCACAAAGUGGUGCAGGUGUUCACGGAGUACUUCAAGGAGCUGGAGGAGGAAAGCAUACGGGACAAUUUCGUGGUGAUUUACGAACUGCUGGACGAGCUCAUCGACUUUGGCUAUCCGCAGACGACGGACAGUAAAAUCUUGCAGGAGUACAUCACGCAAGAAGGCCACAAGCUCGAGAUACAACCGCGUAUUCCGAUGGCGGUGACGAACGCCGUGUCGUGGCGCUCGGAGGGCAUCAAGUAUCGCAAGAACGAAGUGUUUCUUGAUGUAAUCGAAAGUGUUAACCUGCUAGCGAAUGCUAACGGCAACGUGUUGCGAAGCGAGAUCGUUGGCGCGAUAAAAAUGCGCGUUUAUCUGUCCGGCAUGCCCGAGCUGCGGUUGGGGCUAAACGAUAAGGUGCUAUUCGAGAGCACUGGCCGGGGAAAGUCCAAAUCCGUCGAGCUGGAGGACGUAAAGUUCCACCAGUGCGUGCGAUUGUCCCGAUUCGAGAACGAUCGCACGAUCUCCUUCAUUCCACCAGACGGCGAGUUCGAGCUGAUGUCGUAUCGCCUCAACACGCACGUGAAACCGCUGAUUUGGAUCGAAUCCGUUAUCGAGCGCCACGCGCACAGUCGCGUAGAAUACAUGAUCAAGGCGAAGUCACAGUUUAAGCGCCGGUCUACUGCAAAUAACGUGGAAAUCGUCAUUCCGGUGCCCGCUGACGCCGAUUCACCCAAAUUCAAGACUACGAUUGGCAGCGUAAAAUACGCUCCCGAACAGAAUGCCAUCACAUGGACGAUCAAGUCAUUCCCGGGUGGAAAGGAAUACCUUAUGCGUGCACACUUCGGCCUCCCCAGCGUCGAAUGUGAGGACAGCGAGGGCAAACCCCCCAUUCAGGUCAAAUUCGAAAUUCCAUACUUCACUACAUCUGGCAUUCAGGUUCGAUAUCUGAAGAUCAUCGAAAAGAGUGGCUAUCAAGCAUUGCCCUGGGUGCGAUACAUCACCCAGAACGGCGAUUACCAGCUGAGAACAAACUAAUGCGUCAUGCGGUGCCUGAAGUGUAAUUGUUAAGUUUCUCCAUUUCCUUCAACGCUAGCAAAACCUUCCCGCACCGUAUCGAUUCAGUUGGCGCGAUGUUGCCGUUCUGCCGCCCUCAAAGCAACCACCAUUUAGUCGUCCUUCCGUUGGUGACCGCUGACGGUGAUCAUGUUUAGUACGGUACGGUGUGCAGUAUUAACGUAGCGAUUGCGUACAGUAGCUGCUGUCAAAGACACGUGGAAGUCAUACUUUCCUGAUUAGCGACUUAUUUGCUUUUAGCACCUUUCUGUCCAUCCAUCGAUGCUUUAUCGUAGCGCUCUGUUAGAGUGCUUUUUUUUAAUUAUUACGUUUUUCAUCAAAUUUCUGCUUUUCCGGUGUCGUCUGAAUGUUUAGUUCUUUUCGCUAGCGCGUUUCAUUCGCCGCGGCAGAUACGUUAAAGUGGGAUUCGUUUGUCCCGUCAUUCUUCUUGAAAAGUAGUUGAAAAUUGUAUUUUACGUUCCACUUUAACCAUCCUGUAAAACAACCAUGUAGCACAUAAAAAUAAA